AUGAUGCUUUCGAAGGCAAUGAGUGUUUCACAAGUAAGUGAUGCUGCACUUACACUUGUGUAUGCGGUGCAGAGGAUAGAGUUACUUCGUGUCAAAAAUGACAACGUGCAGUUGAAAGCUAUCGAUUUUUUGGAACAGCUUAUUAAUGAAUAUUCACAAUUGUUGCGGGAUAAUACCAGAAAUUCUAGUGUAUUUCAAAUGGCUGCUCGUAAGACGGUUCAACCUCAGUUUGAGAACAAAAAAAAGAAACCAGUGAAGAAAGAAAAUCCGGUGACAAGACAGAGCAAACGCCAGAAGAAAAAACCAAAGGGUUUAAAAUUUGAAAAGUGA